CAGACCACCAUGAGAUCUGAACUUGGCAAACUCUCCCUUGACAGAGUCUUCCGGGAGCGGGAGUCCCUCAACGCCAAUAUUGUGGAUGCCAUUAACCAGGCCUCAGACUGCUGGGGCAUCCGGUGCCUGCGCUACGAGAUCAAGGACAUCCACGUGCCCCCACGCGUGAAGGAAUCUAUGCAGAUGCAGGUGGAAGCAGAGCGACGGAAGCGGGCGACAGUGCUGGAGUCGGAGGGGACGCGGGAAUCAGCUAUCAAUGUGGCUGAGGGGCAGAAGCAGGCCCAGAUCCUGGCAUCAGAAGCUGAGAAGGCUGAGCAAAUCAACAAAGCUGCUGGAGAAGCCAACGCCAUGCUGGUCAAGGCCAGGGCCAAGGCAGAGGCUAUUCAGCUCCUGGCAGCUGCUCUGGCACAGCAGGUGAGCGACGGCUCUGUGGGGCAGCCAGCGCUCUGGCACUACGUGAGCGCCUUGUCCAAGCUUGCCAAAGACUCCAACACCAUCCUGCUGCCCGCCAACACUGGCGACAUCACCAACAUGGUCGCGCAGGCCCUGGGCAUCUACACCACGCUGACGAAGUCACCAACCGAGAAGACCCAGGAGGAGAUGCCUGCAGCGUGCGAGGACCCCCAGCCUCCUGCCAUGGAGGUGCUGAAGGCAGAACAGGCCAGCUCCAGCUAG